AUGUGCGAAAAUUCUCCUGAAGAAGUUUUACAAAGUAAUUCUCAAGGUACAGUAGAUUAUGAACCGAAACUUGGCCUUGAGUUUGAUAGUGACAAGGAUGCACUUAAUUAUUAUAAUGAGUAUGCAAGAAGAGUUGGUUUUAGUGUUCGCAAAGAAUACAUCAAUACAAAUAAAGAAUUGGGUUAUGUAACAUCACGGAAGAUUACAUGUUUCAAGGAAGGUUUUCGUAGAGAUGAUAAACGAAAAGAUCAAGUUAAAAAAUUACGAAGAGAAACGCGAACAGGAUAUCAAGCUCAUAUUAUUGUUACCCGCCACUCAAUGGGAAAGUACCAUAUUACUAAAGUUAAAUUGGAACAUAAUCAUGCACUUGUUUCACCAACAAUGGUUCAUAUGUUGCCAUCUCACCGAAGGAUAAACGAAGUCCAGGCUCAUGAAAUAGAUUUAGCAGAGGAUGCUGGAUUAUUUUCUAAAACAACAUUUGAUUUUAUGAGUCUUCAAGAUGGAGGUCGAGUAAAUUUGGGUUAUACCAAAUUAAAUCAGAAGAACUACCUUCGAACAAAACGACAAAAGGCUAUGAGACGAGGAGAAACAGGAGUACUGUUAAAGUAUUUUGAGAAGAAAAGAAUUGAAGAUCCAUCUUUAUUUUUUGCGACGAAUAGAGAGCACAAACCUUUGGCAAGUUUCGUUGGAUUGAACAACCAUAGAAAAAUGGUUGUUUUCGAAGGCGCUUUAAUGUAUGAUGAGACUGCAGAUUUCUUUCAGUGGUUGUUUGAAACGUUUCUUGGAGCGAUGUCUGAAAAAAAUCCAAAAAUAAUUUUUACAGAUCAAGAUGCUGCAAUAAGUAAGGCCAUCUCACUUGUCAUGCCUGAAGUUUAUCACAGGUUAUGUGUCUGGCACAUGGAGCAAAAUGCAGCUAAACAUCUCAAACAAAUUUAUAAAAGGUACGCUUCAUUCCGUGGUGAUUUUCGAAAAUGCAUUUAUGAGUAUGAAGAUGAACAUAUGGAAAAUAAAUCGGGUGGUAUGAACAACACACAAUUGAGUGAGAGUUUGAAUGGUGAUUUAAAGGAUUACUUGCAGUCUGAUUACAAUUUAGUACAAUUUUUUAAGUAUUAUGAUCGAGCAAUUGAGGAUAAGCGAUAUAAUGAGCUGCAAGAUACUUGUGAUGCAUCACAACAUAUUCUAGUAUUAAAAGCACAAGUUCCUAUUUUGAUUCAUGCUAGAGAGGUCUACACCUCAAAUAUUUUUGCAAAAUUUCAAGAUGAAUAUAUGAAAUCCUUAUCAAUCAAAGUGAAUAUUGGAUGUGGGAAGAACAUUUUGUCCACCAUUUACAAUGUUAGUAAACAUGGGCAUACUCGAGAAUAUAUUGUUACGGUGACAGAGGUAGGCCAUAUAUCUUAUACUUGCUUGAAGUUUGAGUCCAUGGGUAUACUUUGUUGCGAUGCAAUAAGAGUUCUCGAUGUAGUAAAAGGAGUUAGUAGAAUUCCGACUGAGCAUAUUUUGGAUAGAUGGACAAAAAAUGCAAAAGGCGUAAAUAUUAAAGAAGUUGAUGAGCAAGAAAUAGAGAUCAAGGAUCCAAAGUUGAUUACUAUGAAUCGUUAUAGAGUUCUUUGUCCUAUAUUUGUUAGAAUGGUAGCAAAAACUUCUAAAACAGAUGACGGCUAUAAGGUAGUAGUAGCAUGUGCAAAUGAGCUAAGUUCAAAAUUGAAGCAAAUCGCAGAGGUAUCAACUCCAUCUUUUUGUACUAGUGGUUCAACAAGAGAUUUACCAGAAGAAAAUAAUAACAUAAUUAUCCUCACACGAGCCAAAAAUUUAAAAAAGAAAGAUGGAAAACGCCAUAAAAAGAGGAUCAAACCUUCCCUCGAGGUGAACGCAAAUUGCAAGAAAGCUCGAGGAAACAAGUCAAGUUCCGCUAAACAGGAUGGACCAAGAGUCGAUGAUAGAGCUCUAUCUGAUAAUGACAAAUAUUUCAUUCAGAAUCCAAUAUCAAAGGGAAAUAUUUAUGAGAAUUCUGAUUUAAGUACCUCUCAGACUAUAACUUGUGCUAGCUUAUCCCACAGUUCAGAGUUUUCUCUUUCGUUGCCAUACCCUAACUUUACUCAAAUGCUAACGGAACCUUUUAGUCUUGAUACUUUUGCACAUGUACAAAAGUCUUAUUUAUUUUUUCAUGAUCAGGCAAACCUUUUCGAGAGUCGGGGAUCACAAAAGUUCCAAGAUAACAAUACAUUAUGA